CAGGCCGGCCCGCCGCAGCCCUGCCGGCAGGGGAGCGGUAAGGCCACCGAGUCCCGGGCCCGCCGAGGCCUAGAGGCGCCGGCGCGGGGCUGCCGCCCGCCCGCUGCGCGGCUGGGAGGCGUUGUCCUCCCUCGGCACAGCCGUGCGGGCGCGUCGCAGCCCCCGAGUGACGGGCAGGACCUCAGUGCGAGGCCAGGGACUGCAUCACCUCACGGACCGUCCCGGGCCCGCGUCCCUCGCGGCGGCGGUCUUCUCGUGAGCCAGGUUUUCGCCUGCGGAGUCGGUCCCUCUCACGCGCCUCCCUGACGGAGGAACCGAGAGCUACGAAGUGACCUGCCCGGGGUCACGUCAUUUAGCCGCGGCAGCCCCUCGGCUCAGCUCAGGCCCGUGUCCCGUCUUCUGCUCUGCCACCGCGGCGCGCCGCCUGGACGCCGGACACCUCCUCAUCGGGCGUCUCCUGCCCGUCUGGCAGUCGCGCACCGUCCGUACCCACCGAUCGCCGUCGGUGAGCAUCAGCGCCGCGCGGACGCCCGCCCCUCCCGUGGCGCCAGCCACCAGGCCGGCCUUGUCACCGAGUCCGCCUCGCCGCAGCCAGUGCCACGCAGUGCAGUGGACAGUGCCUGGGAGUCGAGGAAUCUGGCAAAAACCUUUUGUAAACAAAGGGCGAUUUCACCACCGUCAGUGACACGGGUCGGAAAAGCACCUGGAAUGGACAAAAGCGGCAGUUUUUGUUAACUUCCCAUGAGGUUGUGUAUCUGGGAUGACAACCUUGAAAUUAAUCUAAAGUAGACAUUUCUACAGACGUGAAAUGGCUUGGGCAGCACCUGGAGGACUUGAGAGGAAUACUUGGAAGUGCACAGCUACAGAAGAGUUUGCCAACAGGGUUCAUGGGAAACAGGUGACCAGAAACACCAGUAGAGAAACUUUAAAAAUUUUGUCAAGCAGUGGAAAACUGAGUCUUGGUUCAAAAUUAAGCAAAAUCUACAGUGAAGAAAGAUGAAAUAUGGGCUCAAAUAUAAGGUUUUAUUUAACACCCUAAUGUAUAGCUAUGAAAACAAAUGAAGGAGAAAUGUGUUUUUUUUUAAUCUUUCCUAUAGUAAAAUUGUUGGAAAACUUUUGGAGCCAUCUCUAAAAGCUGCCAAGAUUCUGAAACUUGGUAAUAUUCCGAAUAUGGAACAUUUCAGGAAAAUAUAGCACAUAAGAAUACACCAGAAGUACACAAGGAAUAAGAUCUAAGAAUUGAAAAGUGCUGCUAACAAAUCAAUUAUUUGCAUCCUUACCUUGGUAAACAUAAGCCACACUCAAAGCUCAGUCUUGAAUGCUGUAUUGAACAUAAUAAAAGUUAGCUUCCAUUCGUAUGGAUAAAACCUACUAAGUUUCUUCUUCAUCUAAAGAUAUUGUAUAAGUGUCCUGAAUUCCAGUUUCUAGACAUACCGAUAUCAAAGCAGCUUGAGGUCUUUAUCCAGGUGGAUGGACUGCUGCCCAGUGAAAACUUAAGUACAGAGCAAUAGGAGCACCGUUUUGUUUUCCGGCAGUGAGUAUGAAUAAAAGAGGGAAAUACACAACACUGAAUUUAGAGGAGAAAAUGAAGGUUCUAAGUAGGAUUGAAGCUGGACAAUCUCUUAAAAGUGUAAUGGAUGAAUUUGGAAUCAGUAAAUCAACAUUUUAUGACAUUAAAAAGAAUAAGAAAUUGAUUUUGGAUUUUGUACUGAAGCAGGACAUGCCAUUAGUAGGGGCUGAGAAGAGAAAGAGGACAACAGGAGCCAAAUAUGGUGAUGUGGACGAUGCAGUCUACAUGUGGUACCAACAAAAACGUUUAGCUGGUGUCUAUGUCAGGGGUGUGGAGCUUCAGGCUACUGCAGAGAGAUUUGCACAGUGUUUUGGGAGAACAGACUUCAAAGCUAGCACCGGUUGGCUUUUUAGAUUUCGAAACAGGCAUGCAAUUGGGAACCGAAAAGUAUGUGGGGAACAACACCUAAGUUCAACUUCAGAAAAUGUUGAACAGUUUAGACAAAAGCUAUCUGUGCUUAUCAAAGAGGAAAAACUGUGUAUAGCUCAGCUGUACAGUGGGAAUGAGACUGACCUCUUUUGGAAAUCAAUGCCAGAAAACACUCAGGCGAGCAGAAAAGAUAUCUGCCUGCUGCCGGGGAGGAAAAUAAACAAAGAACAGUUGUCUGCUCUUUUAUGUGCAAAUGCAGAUGGAACUCAUAAGUUAAAGUCAAUCAUUAUUGGAAAAUCAAAGCUACCCAGAAGCAUAAAAGAGGACAUAAGUACCUUACCUGUGAUAUACAGACCCAGUAAGGAGGUUUGGUUCACCAGAGAAUUGUUUUCAGAAUGGUUCUUUCAAAACUUUGUUCCUGAGGUCAGGCAUUUUCAACUUAAUGUUUUAAAAUUCCAGGAAGAGGACAUCAGGGCCUUAUUACUUCUGGACAGUUCCCAAGUUCACCCCUCUGCUGAAUCACUAACCAGUGACGAUGGUCGAAUAAAAUGCAUGUUCUUUCCCCCAAACACUUCAAUCUUGAUUCAACCAAUGAAUCAAGGUGUGAUUUUGAGCUGCAAACGACUUUAUAGGUGGAAGCAACUUGAAGAAAGCCUUGUAAUUUUUGAAGAAAGUGAUGAUGAGCAAGAUAAAGGAGAAAAAGGAGUUUACAAGAUUAAAAUUUACAAUAUAAAAAGUGCAGUUUUUAACUGGGCAAAGAGUUGGGAUGAAGUAAAACAAAUAACCAUAGUAAAUGCCUGGGAAAAUCUUCUUUACAAAAAGGAACUUGAAUAUGAUCUUCAAGGCUUAGAAGAUGGGGACUUUAGAGAAAUUCUUCAGAAAUGUGGGGAGUUGGAAACCAGGCUGGAUGAUGAUAGAAUGUGGUUAAAUGGGGAUGAUAAGGAAAAGGGUAGCCUCCCCAGAGCAAAAGGUGGAAUUACAAAGGAAGUUCAGAGGGGCGGCUGCUUUGAGGAGCAAACUGCUGAAUUUCAGUUAUCUGCUGUAAGAGAGAGGUUGGACUACCUUCUUGACUUUGUAGAUGCCACACCUGAGUUUCAAAGGUUCCACUUUACACUGAAAGAGAUGCAACAAGAAAUAGUCAAGAAACAGUUCCAGAGUAGAAUCCAUUCUAGAAUUGGUAGCUUUUUGAAACCUAGGCCUCAUAGUAUCAAGGAUUCCUUCAAUAUGCCUUCAACUUCUGGUUCUAGUAAUUAGAUUUUGUUUUUAAAGAUUUCCACAGUUAUCGGAUAAUGUAUGAUGUAGACCUGCUGUGAAUGGUCUGUAUUUUUAUCAGCUGACCUCACUUUGCAUAUCAAUGCCCAUUUAUAUAUUAUUCAUAAAAUAGACUUGAAAUAAUAAAUUUGUGUUUCUUUAAAUGUAUAUAUUCUUUUAUCCAUAUUUUUUUCUAUUUUAGAUAAUCUGGAUAAUGAGGAAUUAUUGUCCCAGAUUAUCUAAAGUGGAAAGAAUUAAAUUCUAUCUGAAUGUAUUCAGAGCAUACAUGUAUCUAUAUAUAUAUAGAUAUAUAGAUAUAUAUAUAAAUGUAUCUAUCUAUCUAUCUAUAUAUAUAAUAGUUCUUAUUACCUUUAAGGAGAGAUUCGUUUUUCAAUUCAAUAGUAUGGCAUGUUCUGCUUUCCUAAAUCUGUUAAUACCUGAUUAGUGUUUGUUUUCCUCUUCUGUUGAAGUAAUACAUGCUUACAGAAAAUAUAUAAAGAUAAAAAGCACCCAAUUCUACUGACCAAUGAAUUUCUCUUAACAUUUUGGUAUGUUUCAUGUAUUUCAAAAGUAGGCAGAUUACAUUGUAAAUACAAUUUUCUACUUUAUUAACACAUUUUUAGGCUUUGGUAUUAACACGUUAGCAUUUGUUGAGACACCUUUGAAGCCUGGGGUAGAAUGAAUGGAUUGUGCAAGAAGUUGAGGGGCACGUCAGAUGAGUACACUAUAGACAGCUCUCUAGUUCCUUUUGAGUCAUUGCAUCAAACAUUUUUUCCCCUAAUGGUAAUAAAUUCUCAGAAUAAAUGACCGGCAAUCACACCCUUUUCAAAACUAUUCACUGAUUCUGUAAACUUAACGCUGCUCCACCACGCUUGACGAGAAUAUGGUG